AUGAAUGAGUUUAGCAGAGACAACCUAAUAGAAUGCAGAGACCAUGCUAAAAAAGCCCUCAAUGAGGCACGAGAGUUGUGUAAUACCGCCAAUACACUGAUCAGCAAUCUCAUCAACAAGUUGGUCGUCGAGUUGUCCGACCACUUGGAACACAUCGAUGCUAAGUACAAGCAGUUCCAAAUGGUUAAUGAUUUAAUUGCCAAUUACAUUGCAUUUUUGAACGAUAAGGUCCACAAUGACUGUAUUGGGAAGUACAAUGUUGAAUACGCCAAACUACAACAGGUCAUGCAAGAGUUCAAUGAGAUUAUAGAUCUGUUGGAUAAAGUGAAGGUACCCGAGUUUUUGAUUCAGGAAAGCUCUACCAAUGACUUGAGUUUGGAACAGGGGGUCCUGUUAAAGCACUUCAUUUCAGUUGACGAGAUCGAAUUGUUGUUUGGGAAUAUUUCCAUACAUCACGAGAACAUGACCAAAUUGCAUGAAUUUAUGGAUAAGAGCUUUCGAGAAACCGCUCAAUUGCCUUUCAAUAAGGUGAUAAACAAGCGAUUCCAGCAAAUGUUCAAGACUCACGACGAUCUAAUGACGUUUCAGUCCAUGAACAACGACGGAAUUCAGUCAAUAUUGAAAGAAAACGAGUCUUUGGAGCAGGAACUAGUAUCGUUGUUGCAGAUGUUAACCAACCACUAUGACCAGUGUAUGGUCGGACUCAAUGAGUUUGGGAAGUCGUCUUUGCAUAUAAAUUAUGAUGUUCUUGCACAAGACUCGGAAGAGUCUGUAAGUGUUCUUAAAGACUUGAGAUCCAUCUACGAUAUUAUCAUCAACAACGAAAUUCGGGGCAAGAAAAUCGUCAAGAGCUUUGAAACGUAUACUGAUAAGCUCAUGGGGCAAAUCAAGGACCUUGACAAAAUAUAUAACAAGUUCAAAUCCACCAACUUGUUUCAAAUCAUCAUCUUUUUGAACAAGUACCACGAGAUUAACGGUAAAUUGGAUCUCACCAAUUAUCACCAUAUAAUUGACCAAUUGAUAUAUUACUACCGGAACUUCCUCUCCAUAUAUAAGAACAAGUAUCUUGUGGAGUUCCACCAUCAACAGUUCACGUAUCCUCGUCAAUUCUUGACAAAACUCAACAGGUUUCUUAAUGAUGAGCUCUACCAAUUCCAUCAGAACGAAAGAGACAGAAGAAUCAACUGGUUGACCAAAUAUGGAGAAUUUAUUCCGAAACAGUUUAAGCUUCCAGGAGAUAAGCAGCCUUCGGUAGUUCAGGUAAUCACCGAAGGCUUGAAUGAUAAUGAUGAUAAUGAGGCUAAUGGGGUUUUUAUGGAGAAGCAGCUUCUUGAUCUAAUCAAGAGUCUUAUGUAGAUUGCAACAUUCGUAUAUGCAAUUGCUAAAGACUGCUGUACUGUAUAAAAUCACAGUUAUACUAAUCCCGUACCAUAUAUAAUACAUGUAGUAGUUUCCG